AACCUCCAUCCCACCUCACCUGCCCAAAUGCCACGAUAAUUUCACCGCACAAAUCAUCACGUUGAAUUCCAUGUAAUUUUAGAUACCCGAAAUCGAAUGUUUUUGCCACCAUUGUUUCAACCCCAAUGACUACCCACCUUCUUCCUCCUCCUUCAAAUCCUUGAUUUUUUUAAAGGGAAAAACCCAGAAAAAAUGUUACCUACGACCUCCUCAUCAUCAUCAAUCUCACAAUCAUCAUCAAACCAAUUUGUGUUCGUCUCAUUACUCAUAUUCCUCUGGUACUCAUCAAACAUCGGCGUUCUUCUCCUCAACAAGUUCUUGCUCUCCAGUUAUGGCUUCAGAUUCCCAAUUUUCCUCACAAUGUGUCAUAUGUCAGCUUCCGGCAUCCUCAGCUACAUCUCCAUUGUGUUCCUCAAAGUUGUGCCAUUUCAGAAGAUCAAAUCUAGGUCGCAGUUUUUAAGGAUUGCGACCCUGAGUGUUGUUUUUUGUGGGUCGGUUGUCGGAGGGAAUAUUUCUCUCAGAUUUCUUCCGGUUUCCUUCAAUCAAGCCAUCGGUGCAACGACGCCGUUUUUCACCGCCCUGUUUGCCUAUAUGAUGACCUUCAAAAGAGAAGCAUGGAUUACUUAUGGUGCUCUUGUUCCUGUUGUUACUGGCGUUGUGAUUGCAAGCGGGGGUGAACCAAGUUUUCAGCUGUAUGGAUUUAUCAUGUGCAUAAGUGCAACUGCUGCUAGGGCCUUCAAGUCUGUUCUUCAGGGUAUCCUACUUUCUUCAGAGGGGGAGAAGUUAAAUUCAAUGAACCUUUUGCUUUAUAUGUCCCCAAUGGCUGUUGUGUUUUUAUUGCCAACAGCACUUUUAAUGGAACCAGAUGUGUUAGAUGCCACCAUUGCUCUCGGGUUAAAGCAUAGAUUCAUGUGGUUACUGCUUUCUGUGAAUUCAACCAUGGCUUAUGCUGCUAACUUGACCAAUUUCUUGGUCACCAAGCACACAAGUGCACUAACUCUUCAGGUAUUAGGGAAUGCUAAAGGUGCUGUAGCGGUUGUUAUCUCAAUACUCAUUUUCCGUAAUCCGGUUACCCCUUUAGGUAUAGCUGGCUACUCCUUGACUGUUAUGGGUGUGAUUGCUUAUGGAGAAGCCAAAAGGAGAUACAAAUGAAAACGAUGUUUGCAAUUUAGUCAGUAUAGUAGAGCUUAUGAGAAAAUUUGAUCUAGCUCCAUUUAUUAUUGGGAAGAGUUAGAUACCAAUUAUAGUGUCCCCAUUCUUAUAUAUAAUUGCGUUAGAUGCCAAUCGUGGUCUUCAUUUUGUGGGGGAGUGAAUACUAAAUAGUGAAGUUGAUAUGUGUUGUAUAAUUGUUACCGUUUAGAGAUGAUUAUGCUUAGGAUUUUGCAUGACUUAGAUGAUACGAAAUUCGAAAUUCCAAAUGGUACAUACGGGUGCAUCAAAAUUGUUGAGUUAUGGAAGCUUUGAGCUAUUGUUAGGGUUGUUUGUCUAACCACCGAAAAAAAAAAAAAAAACAGUUGAGAAGUACCCUUGUAAUUAUAAAUGCUUCAUAAACCUGAAGUUGGGUUUGUUUAUGUUCUUUUUGGCAAUU